GUGUUUUCUGUCAGUUGGAAAUCAACAACAAAACUUCCAGUAUGCGGCAUUUAAUUGUGAAUUUGGCGAUUAUUCUGGCUGUUGUAUUUAUUGCGGCAGCCCAGGAAGAUGAAGCAGCUGCUGACGCCUCUGAAUUAGCAGCUGAUGAUGCAGAAACACGCGAUGAUGAAGCCGAAAAUGCAGAUGCUGAGGAUGCAGAAGCACGCGAUGGAGAAGCAGAUGAUGCAGAUGCAGAAGAUGCAGAAGCACGCGACGAUGAAGCUGACGAUGCAGAAGCACGCGAUGAUGAAGCAGACGAUGCAGAUGCCGAGGAUGCCGAAGCACGCGAUGAUGAAGAAGAAGAUGCCGAAGCACGCGAUGAUGAAGCCGGAGAUGCAGAAGGAGACGAUGCAGAAGCACGCGAUGAAGAUGCAGAAGAUGCAGAAGCAGAAAAUGCCGAAGCAGAUGAUGCAGAAGCAGGCGAUGCAGAAGCAGAAGAUGAGACAACCGCUGAAACUGAUAUGACUACCGAAAUGACAGCAACUGACGAAGAAGCUACUGAAGCUCCCGAGGAAACCGACGAAGGCGACGAGGAAAAUGCAGAUGAGCCUACAACCGACGCGCCAGAAGACACAGAAGACGAAGAGGUAACCGAAGCAAAUGAAUCUGAUACAUCAGAGCCACCAAGCACCGAAGAUGAUGCCACCGAUGCGACCGAUGCCACCCCAACAACGAUGCCGAAAACUGAGGAAGAUAUUGAAAACUGGACCGACCAUUACUUUACAAUGCCGCCUUGCUGGACUGCCCUCGACAUUUCUACAAUUCAAGCGUUGCCAAGCCCAACGGAGCCAUACAUUAUUUUCGAUUUGGAAACGAUUCUGCGAAAAAUGAAGCUGCAAAGAGACUACCAAGUCCAUCGCUAUGGUAUUUCGGGUUUCACUCCAAUGUUUGUAAUGCCACGUCUUUCAGGCUAAAUGUUUUAAUUGAAACCCACACUGAUAAUAAUAAAUAAAUCGCAUUUGAUUUUA